AGUAUCCUGAUUUUUACAACGAACUGUCGUUUAUCCAGCAAGAUGAAAAGGGUAUGCCACUACGUGUUCCAGACGGAUGUCUCUACAAUUCCCCUUAUCCUUCUUUGGAGUCAGACCAAUGUCCAGCAUUUCAUGGCCCUUACGCAUCUCAGCCAAACCAACACACAGGUCAGUAUUCAGGAGAUCCACAUUCGACCUAUGAACAGCAGCAGUGUGGCUCAUCGACAAGUUGCAAUCCAGUUCAGUUUGGGCCAUUCAAGAAACGCCAAAAAACAAAGCGCGACGAAGGUGAUGCUGGCAGUAGGUGUGCUCCUGCUUCCGGUGCUGACCAUGAACAGCGCCCUGCUCCUUUCAUCUGAUGACAGUAUCCGAGUCAUACUUGAUAUUUUUCUGUCCUUUGCGACUCAGCCGAGUGGUGAUGUACGCAGCAAUUCUGAGAACUAUGUUUGUAGUUGCAAUUUGAUAGAAAUUUGAAGCUUCAGCCACGUUUAAUUGAGAUUUCCAAUGAUAUGCUUGUGAGCUGACGUUCAUGCUAUAAAAUUUGAAAUCGACUCUUGCCAUCUGGACUAGUCGAUGAUUGUUGGUCAAAGCGCGAGGUAGUUGGCGUCAG